AUGAAUUUAUGUGAUACAGAGUUUAACCUAUUGACCGUCAUGUCCUAUGACAGGUAUGUGGCCAUCUGCAAACCCCUGCAUUACAUGACCAUCAUGAAUCAUAGAGUCUGCAUACUGCUUGUCUUUGCUUCUUGGUUGUCUACAUUUUCAGUCAUAUUACCAGUUGUUAUAUUGUGCACACAGCUUGUUUACUGUAAGUCCAAUGUUAUUGAGCAUUUUACUUGUGAUUUUUCCCCCUUAUUACGUCUUUCUUGUUCAGACACCAAAUUCCUAGAGUUAGCUGGUUUCUACUUGGCUGCAUUUAUUCUUCUGUUGACUUUGACAUUAAUAAUUUUGUCUUACAUAUCUAUCGUCAGAAUAAUUUUGAGAAUGCCUUCAAAUAGUCAGAGGACAAAGGCCUUUUCCACAUGUUCUUCCCACGUAAUCGUCAUCUCCAUCUCCUAUACCAGUUGCAUUUUCGUGUAUAUUAAUCCAUCAGCCAAAGACAGGAUGCCUUUGAGCAAGGCAGUAGCUGUGCUCAACAUUUCAGUAGCCCCCAUGAUGAACCCUUUUAUAUACAGCCUAAGGAAUCAGCAAGUAAAGAGAGCUAGUUAUUCCAAUUGA